AAAUAAUGAAGUAAAUCCUAAGAGUCAAAAGUAGAAGAAAAGAAGUGGAAUCAGCAAAUCAAUGUAAAAGAUAGGCUGGGACCAUGCAGAAUGGAUAAAAAAGAAAUGAAGUAAAUCCUAAGAGUCAAAAGUAGAAGAAAAGAAGUGGAAUCAGCAAAUCAAUGUAAAAGAGAGGCUGUGACGAUGUUGGAAUCAAAUGCAGAAUGGAUAAAAAAGAAAAAUUAUCAUCUACCGAAGGUGGGAUUCGAACUCGUGACGCAUUCAUCGAUUGUGCCUUACGCCACGCUGCCACUAUCUAUACCUCUGAACGUUUUUGUGAUUCGCAAUUUAUCAAAUGAAUUCUAUCCUCGAUGGCUUUUUAGACUUUUUAGAACUCGGUCUAUUUUUACGGUUAUUUUUCACAUUUUCCGAAUGGAAAUUUAAUUUGAAAAUAGGGAUCUCCGAGGGCUAUUUAGUUUGAAAGAAGAAAUCUCCUUAAAGCUGAAAAUUCGUCAUUAAGUUAUAAUCUAAAGAACAGGAGGAUGUUUCGACCUCCGUAGAAGUGGAUAAUGAUUGGUCCAAUGGGAUUCAACGAUCGAAUCGCCAUAUUGAAAUCAAGCACAUGGAAUUAAUUCAAAGGAACUCAGUUAUUCUAGUGUGGUUCUCAGUUUUGUUUAUUCGUAUGUUAGGAAGUUUCUUUAAAAUUUUUUUUUUUUUUUUAAUUUAUCGCGAGUGUCAGUGUUUACAAAAUGAAGUGUUUACAACAAGGAAGGCAAAAGGAUUUCAUUUUCAUCAUUAUAUUCCAGAUUUGUCUAAAAGACUUCUGGAAAAUUGAAAGGAUUUCUACAAAUUUGGAAAUCAAAAAAAAAAAAAAAAAAAAAAAAAUGCUAAAACAUCAGAGUCGAUAAAAAGAAAAAUGGGCUGUUUUUCCUGCUCUGCAAAAUAAAUUGGCCAUGGAGAAGGCAGAAUCAUCGAUAGAUGGAAGUGUUGCCGAUCUUGAGGAUCGAGAUCCAAAUAAUUUAAAUCAACAUAUUCAGGUAACGUGGGACGAUAUAAUCGGAGAGCCUGAAGGAAUUCGAAGUCCAGAAUGUGCUUGGAGAUUAAGUGGUCAUUGUUUUCGAUUAUCACGAGGCUUUUGGUAUAUUCUUUUGUCUGUACUAAUUGCUCCUUUGGUUGCCCUUUGCCUUGGUAUCACCUUUGCGUGUCUAACAUUCACGCAAGUUUGGUGCUGCGUUCCUUGUGUUAGAAUUUUUCGAAUAAUCUUUACACCGAUAAGAGUCUUCAUUACAAUAAUAAUUCAAGCAAUAUUGCGUCCAAUUUUUGAGGCGAUUGGAUAUUUAUUUUCUAAUAUAAGAAUAUUCAAUCAAAAACUUCCUGAUGGACCUGAUCGCAAAGAUGAUAUGCUUUUAAUUUGAAAUUAUUUAUUUAUUUAUUUAUUUCAUGUGCCUUUUCUCUCUGAAAUCGAAUUAGUUUGAAUUUCGAAUUUUCUAUUAUUAUUAUUUUUGUUAUUAUAAUAAUUUCCAAAAAAAAAAAUUAUCUUUUAUAAAAACAAAAAUUGUCAAUAAAAACUAAUUCGAAUUUUAGAGGAUCUAUUAUAAAAACACCAAAAUAACUUCCAUAGAUUUUUUUUUUUUAUAUAAAUUAAGAAUAAAAUUCGAAUUGUAUAUAUUAUCAUUAUUAUUGUGAAUUAUUAUUAUUUUUUUCGAUAAUAUAUGAUUCAUUAUAUAAGUAUUAUAAUGACAAUUGAAAUAUAAAGUUAUUAUAAA